GCCAACGGCCGCGGGUCUGCGGGAGCCGAUACCGCCCGCCCGCCCCGCGCCGGCCGCAGAGAUAAGGGGCAGGGAGACGUUGGUUUUCACCAUGAAUUUUGAAGGUCUCGACCCCUCCCUUGCUGAGUAUGCUCCCACGCUGCACCCGGCGCUGGAUCCCGUCCUGGACCCCCACCUCAACCCCAGCCUGCUGCAGAACGUGGAGCUGGACCCCGAGGGGGUGCCCUUAGAGGGCAUUGCUGUGCCUGAGUCUGUGCACAUCGUGGAGGGCAUGUAUAGCGAGCUGCACACCGCCGUCUCCGAAGUGGGCGUGCCCGUCUCCGUCUCCCAUUUCGACCUCCAUGAAGAAAUGCUGUGGGUUGGGAAUCAUGGGGGCCACGCCACCUCGUUCUUUGGCCCAACGCUGGAGCGUUACUCCUCCUUCCAAGUGAACAGCAGCGACGACAUCCGGCAGAUCCAGAGCCUGGAGAGCGGGGUCCUUUUCCUGACCAAAACCAACCUGAAGUGCAUGUCACGAGGAGGCCUCAUCAUAUUUGACUACCUCAUGGAUGAGGCCGAGGACAUGCACAGCCUCCUGCUGACGGACAGCAGCACUCUGCUGGUCGGCGGGCUGCAGAACCACGUGAUCGAGAUCGACCUCAACACCGUGCAGGAGACGCAGAAGUACACCGUGGAGGUGCCUGGCAUCACCAUCAUGAGGCAGUCCAACCGCUUCUUCUUCUGCGGACACACCUCGGGCAAGGUCUCCUUGAGGGAUCUGCGCACGUUUGUGGUGGAACACGAGUUUGAUGCCUACUCGGGCAGCUUAUCUGACUUCGACGUCCACGGGAACCUGCUGGUGACCUGCGGCUUCUCCAGCCGGAUGAACGGCCUGGCCUGCGACCGCUUCCUGAAGGUGUACGACCUGCGCAUGAUGAGAGCCACCACCCCUCUGCAGGUCCACAUCGACCCCUUCUUCCUGCGCUUCAUCCCCACCUACACCUCCCGCCUGGCCAUCAUCUCCCAGACAGGUCAGUGCCAGUUCUGCGAGCCCACCGGCCUGGCCAACCCGGCCGACAUCUUCCACGUGAACACCGUGGGGCCUCUCAUCAUGACCUUCGACGUCUCGGCCAGCAAGCAGGCCCUGGCGUUUGGUGACUCUGAGGGCUGCGUGCACCUCUGGGCCGAUUCCCCGGAGGUCACCUUCAACACCUACUCCCGGGAGACUGACUUUGCUCUGCCCUGCAUCGUCGACACGCUGCCGCACCUGGACUGGAACCAGGACCUCGUGCCGCUCUCGCUCAUCCCUGUGCCGCUGACCAGCGAGAGCCUGCUGUCAGACUGGCCUGCUGCCAACUCUGCCCCGGCGCCCCGGCGAGCUCCUCCAGUAGAUCCCGAGAUUCUGCGCACCAUGAAGAAAGUGGGGUUCAUCGGCUACGCCCCAAACCCCAGGACCAAACUGCGCAACCAGAUCCCCUAUCGGUUAAAAGAGGCAGACAAUGAGUUUGACAGCUUCAGCCAAGUUCCCGAGUCCCCGAUUGGACGGGAGGAGGAGCCUCACCUCUACAUGGUGGCCAAGAAGUACAGGAAGGUCACAAUCAAAUACUCCAAACUGGGGCUGGAAGAUUUUGAUUUCAAGCAUUAUAACAAGACUCUGUUUGCAGGCCUGGAGCCCCACAUCCCCAACGCCUACUGCAACUGCAUGAUCCAGGUGCUGUAUUUCUUGGAGCCCGUCCGCUGCCUGGUCCAGAACCACCUGUGCCAGAAGGAGUUCUGCCUGGGCUGUGAGCUGGGUCUGCUCUUCCACAUGCUGGAUCUGUCCCGAGGAGACCCCUGCCAGGGAAGCAACUUCUUGCGGGCUUUCCGUACCAUCCCGGAGGCUUCAGCUCUGGGGCUGAUCCUGGCUGACUCAGACGAAGCCACAGGGAAAGUGAACCUGGGCCGGCUGAUUCAGAGCUGGAACCGUUUCAUCCUUACCCAGCUGCACCAGGAGACCCAGGAGCAGGAGGGACCACAGGCGUAUCGGGGGGCGGGCAGCAGCACCUUUGGGUCCUCGGGGGAUUCGGUUAUCGGGCAGCUGUUCAGCUGUGAGGUGGAGAACUGCAGCAUGUGCCGCUGUGGGAAGGAAACCGUCCGCGUGUCCUCCACGCUGCUCUUCACCCUCUCCUACCCCGAGAGCGCUGAAAAACCAGUCAAAGACUACGAGUUUGCCCAGAUUCUAAAGAGAAGCAUCUGCUUGGAGCAGAACACGCAGGCUUGGUGUGAGAACUGCGAGAAGUACCAGCCCACGGUCCAGACUAGGAAUAUCCGCUGCCUGCCAGAUGUCCUGGUCAUUAACUGUGAGGUGAACAGCUCCAAGGAAGCAGAUUUCUGGAAGACGCAGGCUGAGUAUGCCUUUCAGAGAGCCCUGAUGAAGAGAGGAGGCUUUGAGAUCACCAAAGGCAAAGAGAUCUCUCUUGGGGAUUGGAAGGAACUGGGAAACCCCGAGGUGGGGCACUCGUAUCCCUCAGUGGAGGAACUGAAGAACAUUUGGAUCCCGCACGCCAUCAAGAUGAGGCUGACCAAGAAUAAGGAGCUGGACGUGUGCAACUGGAGCGAAAGCGAUGAGCUGAGUCCGUCCGAUGACCCCGAGUCGGUUUACGUCUACGAUCUCAUGGCCACAGUUGUCCACAUCCUGGAUUCCCGCACGGGGGGCAGCCUGGUGGGUCACAUCAAAGUGGGAGAGACCUACCACCAAAGGAAGGAGGGAGUCACACACCAGCAGUGGUAUCUCUUCAACGACUUCCUCAUUGAGCCUGUGGAUAAGUGCGAGGCGGUGCAGUUUGACAUGAGCUGGAAGGUGCCGGCCAUCCUGUACUACGCCCGGAGGAACCUCAACUCCAAGUACAACCUUGUCAUCAAGAACCCAAUUGAAGCCAGCGUGCUACUGGCAGAGGCCUCUCUGGCUCGCAAGCAGCGCAAGUGCCAUGCCACCUUCAUCCCCCUCAUGCUGAGUGAGAUGCCACAGGCGGGCGACCUGGUGGGGCUGGAUGCCGAGUUUGUCACGCUGAAUGAGGAGGAGGCUGAGCUGCGCAGUGAUGGCACCAAAUCUACCAUCAAGCCCAGCCAGAUGUCGGUGGCCAGGAUCACGUGCGUGCGGGGUCAGGGUCCUAACGAGGGCGUCCCCUUCAUUGAUGACUACAUCUCCACCCAAGAGCAGGUGGUGGAUUACCUGACGCAGUACUCGGGGAUCAAGCCCGGAGACUUGGAUGCCAAGAUCUCCUCGAAGCACCUCACCACUCUCAAAUCCACCUACCUGAAGCUGCGCUUCCUCAUCGACGUGGGUGUCAAGUUUGUGGGCCAUGGGCUGCAGAAGGAUUUCCGUGUCAUCAACCUCAUGGUGCCCAAGGACCAGGUGAUCGACACCGUGUACCUGUUCCACAUCCCAAGGAAGAGAAUGAUUUCCCUGCGCUUCCUCGCCUGGUACUUCCUGGACCUGAAGAUCCAAGGUGAGACCCACGACAGCAUUGAGGAUGCGCGCACGGCUCUGCAGCUGUACCGCAAAUACCUGGAGCUGAGCCAGGGGGGCAGCGAGCCGGACGACUUCCGCAAGGUGCUGAAGGCCCUCUAUGAGAAGGGCCGCAAGCUGGACUGGAAGGUGCCCGAGCCCGACAGCCAGAGCAGCCCCAAGCAUGGGGCCGUGUUUCCGCCCGUGCUGGCGCUGUGAUGGGGACGAAGAGCGUUGGCACUGGAACCAGCAGCGGGGCCGGGGCUGCCCAGGGCUCAGCGCUGCCUCCGAGC